AUGAAAGAUGCAGGCCCCAGGCAGCUGCACUUGCUGCAGCAGCACCUAGCAGCAACAGCAGCACCUAGCAGCAGCAGCAGCACCCAGCAGCAGCAGCAGCAUCUAGCAGCAGCAGCAGCAUCUAACAGCAGCAGCAACGCGGGCCUGCGCGCACCAGAUGCCGCGGUAUCAGCAGCACCUAUUCCUGGGUACCAGAAUGGAAGCCUUGGCCGCCUGCUGCUGCAGCCAACCCGGAGCAGCAGCAGCAGCAGCAGCAGCAACAGCAGCAGCAGCAGCAGCUACGGCUGCACGAACUGCGGGCUUGGCAAAAGCAGCACUGGAUUUCACGCAGCACUUCUGGACGAUUUUCUCUUCAAGCUGCUCCUCAUUGGGGACUCCGGCGUGGGCAAGUCCUGCCUGCUGCUGCGUUUCGCCGACGACACGUACACUGAAAGCUACAUCAGCACAAUCGGCGUCGAUUUCAAAAUCCGCACAAUCGACUUGGACGGGAAGACAGUCAAGCUGCAGAUCGUAAGACGCCCUGCUGCUGCUGCUGCUGCUGCUGCUGCUGCUGCUGCUGCUGGUGUUGCUGCUGCUGAUGUUGCUGCUGCUGCUUGGUUUCGAUUGCCGCUGCUUGCCCGCUUUGUCCCCGCCCGUCGCUGGCUCGCGCGCCUCCCUGCGCGCGUGCGCCUCCUGCUGCUGCUGCCAGCAGCAGCAGCAGCAGCAGCAGCAGCAGCAGCAGCAGCAGCAGCAGCAGCAGCAGCAGCAGCAGCACAGCAGCAGCAGCAGCAGCAGCAGCAGCAGCAGCAGCAGCAGCAGCAGCAGCAGCAGCAGCAGCAGCAGCAGCAGCAGGUGUGCGUGCAGUGGGACACUGCGGGCCAGGAGCGCUUCCGCACCAUCACCUCUUCUUACUACAGAGGCGCCCACGGCAUUGUCGUCGUCUACGACGUCACUGACAGAGAGUCUUUCGCCAACGUCAAGAACUGGAUGCACGAGAUCGAGCGGUCAGCUAGCUAG